AGGGAAAGUGAGUUGGUUACUUUCCUUAGUUCUCUUCUUUGCCUCCUUUAGGUCCCAUCUGAGGUGCCCCUGACCGUCCCUGUCCCCCACCCCGGAUCCCGGCAAUGCUAACCGCUGUCUGCGGCUCUCUGGGCAGCCAGCACACGGACGCGCCUCGCGCCUCCCCGCCGCGCCUUGACCUGCAGCCUCUCCAAACAUACCAGGGCCAUACGAGCCCGGAGGCCGGGGACUACCCCUCCCCGCUGCAGCCUGGAGAGCUGCAGAGCCUCCCGCUGGGCCCGGAGGUGGACUUCUCACAAGGCUAUGAGCUGCCAGGGGCCUCCUCGCGGGUAACCUGCGAGGACCUGGAAAGCGACAGUCCCUUGGCCCCGGGACCCUUUUCCAAGCUCCUGCAGCCGGACAUGUCACACCAUUAUGAAUCAUGGUUCCGGCCAACUCAUCCAGGCACGGAGGAUGGCUCGUGGUGGGACCUUCAUCCGGGCACCAGCUGGAUGGACCUCCCCCACACUCAGGGCGCGCUGACCUCACCUGGCCACCCGGGGGCGCUUCAGGCUGGCUUAGGGGGCUACGUCGGAGACCACCAGCUUUGUGCCCCGCCACCCCACCCGCAUCCGCACCAUCUUCUCCCGCCUGCCGGAGGGCAGCAUCUCCUGGGGCCCCCCGACGGGGCGAAGGCCUUGGAAGCGGCCGCCCCGGAGUCCCAAGGGCUGGAUUCCAGUCUGGACGGGGCGGCCCGGCCCAAAGGCUCCCGGCGGUCAGUGCCCCGCAGCUCAGGCCAGACCGUGUGUCGCUGCCCCAACUGUCUGGAGGCGGAGCGACUAGGGGCUCCGUGUGGGCCUGAUGGGGGCAAGAAGAAGCAUUUGCACAAUUGCCACAUUCCGGGCUGCGGGAAAGCCUAUGCCAAGACGUCACACCUGAAGGCACACCUGCGCUGGCACAGCGGCGACCGUCCCUUCGUGUGCAACUGGCUGUUCUGCGGCAAGCGCUUCACGCGCUCCGACGAGCUGCAACGCCACCUCCAGACCCACACCGGCACCAAGAAGUUCCCCUGUGCAGUUUGCAGCCGGGUCUUCAUGCGCAGCGACCACCUGGCCAAGCACAUGAAAACCCACGAGGGCGCCAAAGAGGAGGCUGGCGGGGUGGCCCCCGGCGAGGGCAAGGCCAGCUGCGCCGUGGAGCCCCCCGGGGGCAAAGGCAAACGGGAGGCCGAGGGCAGCGCGGCUCCUUCCAACUGAGCUCCUUUGCGCCGCCUCCCUGCUGAUCUCUAGGGGGCAUUGGAUGAGAGCCCCCAGGUCUGACACCCUUGGGGGGCGACUUAAGUAAGAGAGGAAGGUGGUUAUUUAUUGAUGGGGGGAAAUGGUGCCGGGACAGGGAGAUGAGGCGCUAGGGGUUUUUAGUCUCUGGAACUGGACGCGACGCGUUUGGUGGGGCCGGGAGGAGCCGCGCGCGCGCCCCUCUGUUCUUCCCUUCCUCACUGUUUCACUCGUCCCUGGGCUGGGGGUUAGGGUGAGACACCCCUACCGCAGCUGGAGGUGAAGGGACAGGCUAGAGGAGACAGCGCGUCCCGCAUCCCUGGAGCCGGAGAGGAGUGGGGCCGGCCCGGACGCUGGGGGUAGAUGUCUGGACACGUCCCUAGCGCCUGGGAACCGGAACAUAAAAGCGCCUCCGGAGCCUCCCUGCG